CGGCCCCAUUGUCUGUGCGGGAGGCGGAGGGACGGGAGCGGCGGACGAGCCCGGCCAUGGCCCCCGCACCGGCCCCGCCACCGGCCCCGGGCCCGCGGUUGGCGCUGCUGACCGCUGCCCUGCUCUGCGCAUCGGCGAGGGGUGACGGGGACCCCCCGGACCCCGUGUACCUCCCGGCAGAGCUGGAGCUCCUCGGUGUACCCGAAUAUUACCGCUUGCAACGGGUAGACCAGGACGUCCCCACCAACACCUCCAUGUACACCCGCACCGAGACCUUCCUGGUGCUGCGGCACGGCUCCGGCACCCAGCCCCUGCUCCAGGCCACCUACCCCCCCUUCAGCACCCGGCAGGAGGUGCCCAUGGAGAAGGACCAUGGGGAAGCUUGGGCUGUCCGUGCUGUGUCCAUCGAGAGCUCCGUGUCACCGGCGGAGCCCUUCGCCCGGGUGCUGUUCCACCUCUAUGGGCCUGACUGGAUGGCUGGGAAGAGGGAUCAUUCCAGCGAGCGGGAUCAUCACGGGGAGCAGGAUCACCCCGGAAAGAGGGAUCACUCUAAGGAGCAGGAUCACCCCAAGGAGCAGGAUCACCCCAAGGAGCGGGAUCAUCCUGGAGAAUGGGAUCACCCCAAGGAGCAGAAUCACCCCAGGAGCCGGGAUCACCCCAAGGAGUGGGAUCACCCCAGAGAGUGGGAUCACCCCAAGCAGCAGGAUCACCCUGGAGAGUGGGAUCACGCCAGAAAGCGGGAUCACCCCACGGAGCAGAAUCACCCCAAGGACCGUGACCUGCCCUGUGUCACCCUCCACGCACACCACCGCGGCCGGGUGGCCCGUGGGAUGUGCCGCCUGCAGGCACCCCUGGGCGCUUGCGUGGUGGAGCUGGAGAUCCCCCCGCGCUGGUUCUCCCCCUCCACACCCCGAGCCUCCGAUCACCCCGAGCCCCCCGAAGCGGCCGAGCUGCACUACAGCGUGUCGGCAUCCCGGGAAUGCCGCGGCGGGAGCCGGGAGCGGGGCCGUGCCGGCGAUGCCCUGCGGUCCCUGGGCACGCUGGAGCUGCGGGUGGCGGAGCCGGUGCGGUGGCAGGAGGUGAGGCUGGAUGACAAGGUGCUGCUGCGGGUACCCGAUGCCACCCUGCGGCCGGGGCAGCGCUUCACCGCGACCAUCACCCUGCGGCACAACUUCACCGCCGACCACUUGGUGCUCCGGAUCAAGGCCAAGAAGGGGCUGCAAGUGGUGGGUGCCCGCGCUGGGGCGCCCAGUGCGUGGACGACCCAACUGGAGCGCACCCGCGGCCCCAAGCACUCGGCGGUGGUGGUGACGUGCCGGAGGAGCGGGGAUGCUCGUGGUGGCUCCAGGGUGGCUGAUUCCACGGCGUUCCUGCAUCUGGAUGUGGCGGUGGAGAACGGGACGGGGGGGCUGGCGCCGGCGCGGCCCCUCACGUGGCAAGUGGAGUACCCAGGGCAGGACCCCGAGGCGCAGAAGGACAAACUGGUGUGGGAGAUCCAAGUGUCGGAGCGGGAUGUCCGUGCCCUCGUCCCCCUUGUACAGGACCUGGAGAUCCUCAACACAGCCCCAUUGACAGGGGUCCCCCGCUUCGUGCCGGUCAAACUGGUGGCAGUGGAGGCAGGGGGUGGCAUCACUGAGCUCCCGGAGCCCCCAGGGUGCGAGUCAGCCGACAAGCAGGUCCUGCAGGUUUCGGAUGGGUGCGACGCGGUGUACGUGGGGGGCAAGGAGAGCCGCGGGGCCCGUGGGGCGCGGGUGGAUUUCUGGUGCCGGCGCCUGCACGCGUCCCUGCGCUUCACCGUGUGGGCCCCGCUGCUGCCGCUGCGCGUCCAGCUCGGGGACACGGCGCUGGAGCAAGUGAGGGGCUGGCGCCUGCCUGGUGGCACCGAGAGCGCUCCGGAGGAGGCGGCGGAGGCGGGCGCGGAGGCGGCGCGGCGCUGGCGGGGCUGCCGCCCGCAGUUCCAGCGCACGGCGCUGCGGGUCCUGGCGCACUUCGCGGCGCACCCGCUGGACGGGGGCCGGCCCCUCGCCUACCUGCCCGGCCCCGCCUGGCUCCUCGAUGUCACCUCCCUGGUGGCCGCACGCACCCGCGUACAGGACCCCCGCGUGGCCGCGCUGGAGCCGGGACCCGUCGUGGUGGGACGGGAGCCCGGGGUCACCUCGGUGGAGGUCCGCUCCCCGCUCUCGGACUCCAUCCUGGGGGAGCAGACGCUGGUGGUGUCGGAGGAGAAGGUGACGGUGACGGAGCUUCGUGCCCAGCUCGUGUCGGGGCUGUCCCUGGCGGCGCGGGCAGAGCCGGGCCACCGCGGCGUGGUGAGCACCAGUGCCACAGGGACAGCGACCCUGCGUGUGCCCAAGCAGGAGGCGACACUAUCUGUCUGGUUGUCCUUCUCCGACCACACACUGGCCCCAUUGGAGCUCUACGGAUGGCAGGACACAGCCUUGACCUUAACCUCGCUCGACCCCACCGUGGCCACCGUGGGGGGCUCCCCAGGUGUCCCCACUGCGCACCCAUGGGUGGUGGCCGAGGGCCCGGGGCGCGGGGCGCUGCUGCAGCUCAGCCUGCACCCACCGGACGCCUGUCGCCGCGGCCGGCACCGCGCUGCCGCGCUGGCCACCGGCACCGCGUGGCUCGAGGUAUUGGGGGGCCACCGCGCCACCACCCCCGGUAGCCCCCGGCCCCAUGGGCCCAGCUCCCCAUUCCAAAGAGCAGAAGGGGCGAUGUCAGGAGAGGCGGUGACAGCGGCCAGCGAGCCACGGAGGAGGGACCCCAUGGGAGUGGGACCUGCCAACACCAAGCUCCAAGGGUUGGGGUCUUCCUCGGAGGAAGAGGAGGAUGGUUAUGGCCAUAACCACGCUGGUGAGGAGGAAGAGGAGGAGGAUGAGAUAGUGAAGGCUCCCGAGCGCGUAACCGACCUGGAGAUCGGCAUGUACGUCCUGUUGGGUGUCUUCUGCUUGGCCAUCUUCAUCUUCCUCAUCAACUGCAUCUUCUUCGUGCUGCGGUACCAGCAGAAGGAGCUGCCCGAUGCUGGCGCGGCCCCAUCGGCCCCACAGCCCCACAACUGGGUUUGGUUGGGCACCGACCAGGAGGAGCUGAGCCGGCAGCUGGACCGGCGGCAGCCUGAGCCCCCGGCCACCGAUGGGGGCACCGAGGUGGGCACCAAGGGGGGCACCGAUGGGAGCACCGAUGGGCGCUGCUGCUGCGGCUCUGAAGCAGGGGGUGCCCCCAGCACCCCGACCCCGGGUGCUCCCCUGCCCCAUAAGGAAGGUGGCACCCCAAGGGGUGGCCGGAGGAAGAGGGUGGAAUUUGUCACCUUCGCCCCAGCGCGGGCCCCCGAGGAGCCCCCCGAGCCCGUCCCCAACGUCCAGUCCAUCCUGGUGGCCAGCGAGGAUGACAUCCGCUGGGUGUGCGAGGACAUGGGGCUGCGGGAUCCUGAGGAGCUCCGGAGCUACAUGGAGAGGAUCCGGGGGAGCUCCUGACCAUGGGGGGGCAGCUCCCAGUGCCCCCCAGCCCCGGGCAAACCAGUAAGGGACCGACCUCCUCCCUGUGCCACCAUAGGGGGACACACACACAUAUGUGGGCUUGGGGACCACUGCCCAUCCCUUGUGGUGGCCUGAGCCUUCACCCAAGGGCCCGGCCCCAGGUGCCCAUGGUGGCGGUGGGGUCUUCACCCAACUCUUUGGGGUCUGUGGCCAUCACCUUAGUAUGGCAUUAGGGAGGAAAUGAGGGUGUCCUUACUGCUUUGGGUCUCAUUGCGCCAUUGUGUUCAUAGUGAUGAUGAUGAUGAUGCUGAGUCCUGUGGCGGGUCCCCGUGUCCUCCCUGUGUCCCUUCACCCUGACCACGCAUCCGUUUUUGUACGACUGACAUUUUCUACCUGUCCCAUGUGCCAGGGGCUGUUAUUUAUGGAAGGUUUUUCACUCUGACCUUGCUAUAGAGAAUAAAGUAUUUGAAAGGAGAA